CAUGGCAUGAGGCUAGUAGCAUAGCAUCUCUCUCCAUUGAAUACAGGUGGUUAAUGUCAACAACCCUCAUCGAAUAUUCAAAAAAGUAUUAUAAUAAUGAGAUGUAUCCACCAACCCAAAGAACAGAUAGAUAGAAGCUAGACAGCCCGUCUUGCCGCUUUGUGGACAACGGCUCCCUUUGUUAGGGAGACGCAUGUAUUGUCAGAAUAUCCAUAAUCUUUGGUGUAAGCUAACUAGGAAGGAAGUGUAGUUCGUCAACUGGAGGCACACACAGUGUAUGAAUCUGUGCACAACUGCUACAUGUGCUCCAUUGUUUUUACCAGCUGGCGGAGCCAUGUCAGAGAGCUCAAGUGACACAGAGUCCUCCUGUGGGUGGACUAUCAUAAGUAAUGAAGGUUCAGAUAUUGAGGCCCUGGGGCCAGAGAACGGCCUGGAAUGUGGAUCUGAUCUCCCAGAGAGCGCAGUGCUGGAGCCAGAGCUGCUGCAGAACCAACUCACCACUCUCUCUGCUGAGUUCACUGAGGAGAGGGGUGAGUCAUCUCUUAAUGCCACUCUAAAAGAAGAAACCUUAGAUGAGAUAUUGUCUGCUUCUGAGGCUGGAGGUGAGGUGGCCGGGGACGAGCAUGUGACUCUGUGCUCCUCCAGUGACCACUCUGACAUUGUGACUCUGGGGGACACUAGGGAGACUGAGCUCGGGCCUUGGGAUGAGCAGGCGGUGGAGGAGGAAGAGGGAGCAGUCAGUGAGGAGCUCUACCUGGGCACCUCUUCCAGCAGCCAGUACACCUUCAGCGCAGCAGAGACUGUUCAAAGUUACAGAUGUUUCCAUGCAAGGUUUGAUGGUCUGGUGAUGAUCAAGCAACUUAAGUGGAUAAGAGGACAGAUAGGGCAUGACGACAAACAGAAGAAACCAACAAAGCACUCCUUCCUAUCCCUUUCCCCUUCCCCUUGUCCUAAAGCCAGGCUGAUGAUGGGUCACUGGAAGCUUCCACAGAGUCUGUGGGACUUGGGCUGCCAACUGAAAGGGCAGAUGUCUGGCAGCUGUCAUCUCUCAGUUUUCCCUGCAGAGCAGCCUGUGGUUGCAGACUCCAGCAGCAGUGAGGAUGAGGGAGGAGAGCAGGUCACCCCAGUAGUGCGGAGGCGCAGGGUGAGGAAGAGCACCACUAGCUCUGUGGCUGAGCCUGGAGAGGAGGUGCAGGAGUCUGGCCCCAGUGACCGAGAGGAGACUCUAGAGGAGGAGCAGAAGGAGGUACAGGAGGAGGAGGUGCAGCAGGAACCUCGCGUUGCACCCCCACCUCAAGGCCAUGUCAGCAGCACCCUUAACAAAUGUAUCCUACUAGCCCUCGUCAUCGCCAUCAGCAUGGGCUUUGGUCACUUCUAUGGAAAAUUUGAAGGCACAGUACAGGUUCAGGACAGGCAGAAGAUUGUGGAGAAGAUCUGUGGAGUGAACGACCUUGGUAAUUCGAGAGAUCUGCAGCCUCAGUGUCAUAAAGGACCAAAUGUCAUCAACAAGGACGUGGUUAAGAGUCUGAGAGAAGACCUAAAGGACAAGAGUGACAUGAUGCUGUCCCUCACAGGGAUUAUGGACAAGCUUACUAAAGAGAACCAGGAUCUCAGAUCCAAACAGGCCCAGCUACAGGCCCAGAAAGAAGACUUGGUCGUGAAACUGAAGCAGACUGGCGAGGAGAGGGUUAAGAUUGAGUCUAAGCAGAGUCACCUGAUGGUGGAGAACCAGCUGCUGAAGAGCUCCCUGGAGCGUGAGGAGGAGUCCCUGUCCACCCUUCAGGAGGAGCUGAGGAACCUGCGCUCCCAGAUCCGAGACCUGGAGGAGACUGGGGCCGGGACCGACUCCAUACUCUCUGAAAACCAGAGGCUGAAGGACCACCUGGAGGAGGAGACGCAGCGCCUCCGCAACUUCCUGAGCCAGAGGGAGGCCCUGAUGGCUGAGGCCCAGACACUGAGGAGGGAGCUGGAUAAUGAGCGGAGGGUGACUGACCAGCUUAGGGAGCAGCUGAGCAGCCGCAACACCAGGGCUGGAGGAGAGAUCGACCAGGAGACAGAGGAGCUGCAGUCACGGCUCAUGGAGUUGCAGAAGAAGCUGAGCUUUGAGCAGCAGCGCUCUGACCUUUGGGAGAGGCUCUAUGUGGAAACCAAAGAGGAGAGGGCCAAGGGAGACAAGCAGGCCAAAGUCAAGAGGUCCAAGGAUGGCGUGAUAGGGAAGGUGAAAGACACUUUUGAUGCGGUGAAGAACUCCACCAAGGAGUUUGUGCACCAUCACAAAGAGCAGAUAACGAAAGCCAAAGAGGCUGUGAAGGAGAAUCUGAGGAAGUUCUCUGAUUCUGUGAAAUCCACCUUCCGCCACUUCAAGGACUCUGCUUCGCGUAUGAUGGACAAGACUUACCGGCCUCACGAUCGGAGGUUUCAUGAGAGGAAGGAAGCCAAGACAGAGCAGCAGGAGCAUCAUAGAGACCAUGGAAACAAGGACUCAGAGGAGGAACCAUGGCAGCCCAUAACCCACAAGCCCCUGCAUCGUCACCCUCGUAAAUCCACUGAUGACUCUUUCCAGGCACACCGUAACACCCGGAAGUCAGGGGGUAAAGUUGAGGAGGACCCAGAGGCUGAGCAACAACAAAGAGGAGUGCCCAAAGGUUGCUCUGGGGUUUUCGACUGUGCCUACCAAGAAUCCAUGAGCCUCUUCAACAAAGCCAUGGACCCCAUAAGAGCAGAUGAGUUCAACCAGCUGCUUCACAGCUACCUCCAGCAGGAGGUUGACCACUUCCACCACUGGACUGAGCUGGAGAGCUUUAUUAAAAAUUUCUUUCACAACGGCGUCUUCAUCCAUGAUCAGAUGCUGUUCACAGACUUUGUUAGUGGUGUGGAAGACUACCUGGAGGACAUGGAUGAGUACCAUGGCCACAACGAUGACGUCUUUGAAGAUCUUGAUGAGUAUGUCUACAGGCACUUCUUUGGAGAUACCUACUCAAAACGUUAUGGGUCAAGUAGACCCUUUGAAGUGCCAAAUACGGAUACUAAAGAAGAAAGACUAGCCAAGCACCAGCAGCGCAAUCAGAGGGCCCGGCCCCGGUCACAAAGAGAGAGGAAGUGGAGCAGAGCAGGACGGAACACAGACAGACACAUGGCUGAUGUAAAAAUAGAGUUGGGUCCUAUGCCCUUUGAUCCCAAAUAUUGAGAAUAAUCUUACCUAAUGAAUCUGUUUUUAUAAUGGCUGAUAUUGUAGUUGCAAAGGCUAUUUAGGAUGUGUUUGAUGGAAAGCCUUUUCACUUCUUAUUCUUCUGUUUUUGUGAUUUUGCACAAUGUUCUUUUAAUGCUGCCGAAUGUCCCCUUGCUUCCUGUGUUGUGUAAGCAAUCCUUAGGUUAGUAGCAAUGGUGGUGUAUCUGACUGCAAUCUAAUCUCAUGCGCACAAAGAAAAUUAUUGCUGCAAUGAUAAAUAUGACUAACUACAGCAAGAAACAUGGGAAUGUUUAGUAAAUCUGACAGUAGCUAACUCUGUAGUACACAUUCAUUGUCAUCAGGUCAGCUGUUACAUGUUCAUGUUCUUUUUAAGAGCCAUCACUGACUGUAAUUUGCACAACAUUUCUUAUUUUUGGGCCUUGUUUAAAAAAUAAUAAUAAUCUAUUACCAUUGUAAUUGUCUAAAUGUAGGCCUAAUGUGAAUGAAUAAUGAUUAAUUGGAUGGAUCCAACAAUGGAAAGAAAUAAAACAUUUGUCAGUGGCAUUGAGAAGUUAUGCACUGACAUACACUUUCAUUUAAAUUCCAAAUUGUCAUAAGGUGACAAAUUGAUAAUUGUGAGAUAAUGGCCUAAACAAUUGCUGACAAUGAUACUGUUGUGUGCAGUAAAACUUUAAAAGUAGCAAAACCACUGAGAAAUACUUGCAAGAAUGCAAGCUGGUUCCACAGUCGAUUUCUAUAAUUUGCUGCUACGUUACAUAUUUGUUUAAAAUGGUGAGAUAAAGUGCAACUGUGUUGUCGUUAAAUUGUUCAGUAACAUUCCAACUAUGGCUUGUUUUAUUAAGGCUGAUUUAUUUCCUUUCAUUUACAGAUGUGCUGUUGAAAAUGAAUUGCAGCUUCCCAAUAAAUAAAAAAAGUGAAUAUUGAUUGCUUCUCCCCCCUAACAUAGUGGACUGUCUGGCUAGGUGUUGCAUUAUUUUCAAUGUUUAAAAGAUCAAUCUGUUAUUCAGUUUUAAUUCUAAUUUACUCCUUUACAUUGCAGAUCCAUUUUGAUUUAACUUCCCGAUGGUUCUGUUCAGUGCAUUUUGUAAACUAGGAUGCUUCUUCAAACUCGUCCUUGAGAUACAUGAGUAAGGGAAAAUCUUUGUGCUUCUUAGAAAUGUAUUCGCAUUCUGUUCAGUGCCUUUGAUAAACUAGGAUGUUUUUUCCAACUCGUCCUUCAGGAACGUGACUGUGGAAUAUUUCUGUACUUCUCAUAAAUCUAUUCCCCUCCAAGAAUGCAGAGAUCUCAUGAGGACAGAAAAAGCUAAUAAUAAAAGUGAUUGUAACAGUGAA